CGUCCGGGUCUCUCGGUUCACGAACAGCUGCUGCCGUUAGCUUCUAGCCGUAGUUGUGUGCGAAAAUAGGCCAGUGAAAAUGCAAACGUCUCUUGUAAACAUCGCUUUAUUUUCGUCUCUGCAGGUCUUGCUGUCUUUGACGUGUUUUCAGGAGGUUGUCGAAGCAGCCAGCGGGAGAGGGUUUGGAGAUAACAUCCACUGGAGGACGCUGGAUGAUGGCAAAAAGGAAGCUGAGGCCAGCGGGCUGCCAAUCAUGCUCAUCAUCCACAAGAGCUGGUGUGGAGCCUGCAAAGCAUUGAAACCCAAAUUUGCCGAGUCCAAAGAAAUCUCUGAACUUGCACACAACUUUGUUAUGAUCAACCUUGAGGACGAUGAGGAGCCCAAGGAUGAAACCUUAAGCCCCGAUGGUGGAUACAUUCCUCGGAUUCUUUUCCUUGAUCCCAGCGGCAAAGUCCAUCCUGAAAUUACUAAUAAGAACGGAAAUCCAAACUACAAGUACUUCUACAGCAGCGCAGAACAAGUUGUGUCCGGUAUGAAGGAGGCGCAGGAGAAGCUGACGGGCGACGCCUUCAAGCAGGGUCACACUGGAGAUGAGCUGUGAGGAGGCAGGAACGGGCAUCAGGCUGUAAGGGCUACACUUUCUCUACCUGAGCCUGCGCUUCAGAGCUCCCAUCAAACAACCCCUUUCACCAUUUAUACUCACACUUUAGACAGUCUGGUCCAUGUCACUGACCAAACCAAGCCAACCAUUAAAAAGGCGACGGUGCUUGAGUACUUUCGGUCCUGUACGGUUUUUCCUACAUGACGACUCCUUUUCCUAUCACUGUCUUUGUUUUAAAACAUGUAUUUGUAAUCUAUUGUUAAACAUGUACUGUACUUACUGUCUGUAGAGGAUAUAACCAACUCAAGUUAGCCAAGUUUAUUAUUAACUCUCACUUAGAUAUGCUGGUGUUGGAUGGAAAAUUUACAUCUGGAAAGUGCCAUGUUUUUGGUUUUUAACCAGUAGAGUUACGUUUUCACCCAACAGCAGUGAUAUAGUACUUCAUAUUAGUCAAGAUAAAUAUUUAACACCUUCAGUGAUGUGCUUCCAAAGAUCCUCUACAGUAUGUUAAUUAUAUUUGUGACAAUAUUUACCAUGUACUACAACAUGGACUCUGUACUUCUCAUUUCUGUUAUCCCCAGUCUUUGAAACAUUAUUCAUUUAAUCCUGCCAAAUUGUGUUAUUUACCUAUAACAGUACUUUCCUGUUCUGAGUUUGUUUUGCUGCUCGUGAAGUGACACCACUCGGUUCUUUUUUUUUUUUUUCUUUGAAUGUGGGAUAAAAACAUUGGUUAAGAAGUGUCUUGAUGUAUUUUAUACAUGUACACAGCCAAGUGUACAAAUAAAUUUUGUCGUACGGA